UCCCUUUCUCUCUCCCUUGGAAAUCUCUCAGACUCUCAGAAAUCCAUCUUCUCUAAAAUCUUUCUUCUCUAGUUUUUCUCUUCUUAAUAAUGUCAAAUCGAGGUGGUAGAGGAGGUUUUGGUAAUAUGAGAGGCGGUGGUCGUGUUGGUGGUGGUGCUGAUGGGGGUCAUGGAACUGGUGGUCGUGGUGGUGGUAAUGGGGGUCGUGGAACUGGUGGUCGUGGUGGUGGUAAUGGGGGUCGUGGAACUGGUGGUCGUGGUGGCGGUGGUGGAAUUGGAACCGGAGGUCGCGGUGGUGGCGGUGGUAGUGGUGUUUGGGGUGGAAGAGGAAGAGGAGCACCAACAACGCCAGUAUCUUCACCUUCACCUUCACCUUCUUCUUCUUCUAUUUCUUCUUCAAUUCCAGAAGUUGGUUCAUCUUCUAGGUCAUCAACUAGUGUAGAUGUACUUACUCAAGAUGUUCAGAAAAAUCUUACUAUUCAAGAACCUGUUUCUGCGGUAACUGCUACUCCACCGGCUUCAUCAAAAGCAGCAAAGUAUCCUGCUCGUCCAGGUUUUGGAACGAUCGGUGCGAAAUGUGUUGUCAAAGCGAAUCACUUCCUUGUCAAACUCACUGAUAAGGAUCUUCACCAUUAUGAUGUUUCUAUUACCCCUGAGGUUACAUCCAGAGGUGUGAAUCGAGCUGUUAUAGGCCAACUAGUUGCUUUAUACCGAGCAUCGCAUUUGGGGAAUUUGCAGCCGGUUUAUGAUGGCCGGAAAAGUCUAUACACUGCUGGUCCGUUGCCAUUUCAAGGAAUGGAGUUUGUUGUUGAUUUGGCUGACAAAGAGCAAGCAAAAGGUGGUUCUAAGAAAACUGACAAGGACGAAAAGGGAGCUUUUCCUAAAAGAGAAAGAAAGUUUAAAGUUGCAAUCAAACUUGCAUCUCGACCUGACUUGCACCACUUGCACCAAUUUCUAGCCGGUAGGCAAAGAGAUUCACCGCAAGAAACAAUCCAAGUUCUUGAUGUGGUCAUGAGAGAAACACCAACUAGAAAUCAUGUUGUGGUCGGAAGGUCAUUCUUUUCACCUCAAUUGGGAGUCAAAACGGACAUCGGUGAUGGUCUAGAGUGCUGGAAAGGAUACUACCAGAGCAUUCGUCCCACUCAGAUGGGGUUAUCUCUUAAUUUAGAUGUCUCCGCCACCUCCUUUUAUCAAUCAAUCAAUGUUGCUGAGUAUGUGAUCAAACUUUUGAACAUACGAGAUACUCAAAGACCAUUAUCUGAUAUAGACCGCCUUAAGAUAAAGAGGUCCUUGAGAGGUGUUCGAGUUGAGCUGACUCAUAGGAAAGGCAACCGCAAAAAAAUCUCUGGCAUAACAUCUCAACCUACAAACCAGCUAACAUUCCCUGUUGAAGAUGGAACAAAUGAGUCUGUGGUUCGGUACUUUAAACAAAAGUACGGCAUUCAGUUAAAGUAUGCUCAUUGGCCAUGCCUGCAAGCUGGGAGUGAUGCAAGACCUGCAUACUUGCCUAUGGAGGUAUGUGCAAUAGUGGAAGGGCAGAAGUACCCUAAAAAGUUAAAUGAGAGGCAAGUAACUGGCCUCUUAAGAGCUGCUUGCCAGCGACCUAAAGAUAGAGAAAGUAGCAUUACAAAGAGCGUACAAGAGAACCACUAUACGGAAGAUGAGUACGCCAGGGAAUUUGGUAUUCAUGUUGAAGGGAGGUUGACAUCAAUAAAUGAUGCUCGAGUUUUGCCACCUCCUACGCUUAAGUACCAUGAUGAUGGUCGGGAAGUGAGAAUUCAACCUCGUGUUGGGCAAUGGAACAUGAUAAACGCGCGAAUGGUAAAUGGUGGUAAGGUUGAUCAUUGGGCCUGCCUGAACCUUUCCCAAAGAACGAGUCCUGAUAACGCUAAGUAUUUCUUUGACCAGCUGGUUAAAAUGUGUCACAGCAAAGGAGUGGACAUUGAUCCAGCACGACCUUUACUUCCAAUGAGGUCUGGCCGGUCUGGUCACGGUCAAAUAGAGCGCGCACUUGUGGAUCUUCACAAGGAGGCAACUUCUAAACUUGAAACCAUGGCUGGUCAGGGAAACCAGCUUCAGCUUUUACUGAUCAUAUUACCUGAUCAAACUGGAUCCUAUGGGACAAUAAAACGGGUUUGUGAAACUGAAUUAGGAAUUGUUUCUCAAUGUUGUCAACCUAAACAUGCUUUGAAAGUUAGUCCGCAGUACCUAGAAAACGUCUCUAUGAAGAUUAACGUAAAGGUUGGUGGUAGGAACAAUGUUCUUGAUGCUGUGAUUAGGAAACAACUUCCUUUGGUUUCUGAUUGUCCUACAAUUAUCUUUGGUGCCGAUGUAACUCACCCAUCACCUGGGGAAGAUUCCAGUCCUUCUAUUGCAGCGGUGGUCGCAUCCAUGGACUGGCCAGAAGUUUCAAAGUAUCGUUGCUUGGUUUCUGCACAACCACAUCGUCAAGAAUUGAUUAGUGAUCUUUACAAGCAGCAGGAGGUUAACAAUAAGCUUGUUCACGGAGGAAUGAUCCGUGAGCAUUUGAUAGCUUUUCGGAAAUCAACUGGGAGGAAGCCGCAUAGGAUAAUCUUUUACAGAGAUGGUGUUAGUGAGGGACAAUUUGCACAAAUGUUGCUCCAUGAAAUAGAUGCUAUUCACAAGGCUUGUGCUUCGCUUGAGGAAAGAUAUCUACCACCUAUCACUUUCAUUGUUGUACAAAAAAGACACCAUACUCGUCUCUUCCCUGCUAAUCACAUGGAUCGUAACAUAACUGAUAAGAGUGGCAACAUCUUACCUGGCACUGUUGUCGAUUCUAUGAUUUGCCACCCCACGGAGUUUGACUUCUAUCUAUGUAGUCACGCAGGAAUCCAGGGAACUAGUAGACCCACUCAUUAUCAUGUGUUGUACGAUGAGAACAAGUUCAGUGCUAAUGCAUUACAAGUGCUUACUAACAAUCUUUGUUACACAUAUGCCAGGUGCACUCGGUCUGUAUCCGUAGUUCCUCCUGCGUAUUAUGCGCAUUUGGGUGCUUUCCGUGCGAGGUAUUACAUUGAGGGUGACGCUUCUGAGGGUAGUGAUUCUGCCAGCAAUCGUGGUGGUGGAGGCGCGAAUACAAGGGCCGCAACUGCAGGGGUUCGGCCUUUACCAAAGAUUAGAGACUGUGUGAAAGAGCUCAUGUUUUAUGUCUGAUGGCCUCUGCUGCUCCUCUUAGCAUUUCUGAAGAAUCGACUAGUCACUCUCGAGACUUAUUUUUAAGAAAUCAUUACCCUUAAUUUUUUUCCCCUGUGAAAUUUUUAAAGUUACAAGACCCAAGUUAUAAUGCCAUUUGGUUUUUAAAGCUAGGAAUAUUUGAUUCUCUAUUGGGCAUGGUGCUGUGAAAACUAUGGUUUUUCACUUGAAUCUUACAGUAUAUGAAUAGUGUGGUUUUGUUAUCUGGUUCCCUUUUGCUGUGGUAUAUGAAGUUGAACUUGAUCUCAUGAUGCUUAGUUUUGCA